AUGGCUGCCGAGAAGCAGGUCCCCGGCGGCGGCGGAGGAGGCGGCAGCGGAGGCGGCGGGGGACGCAGCGCCGCCGGGGAGGACAACAAAGAGAACGAGCGUCCCUCGGCCGGAUCGAAGGCCAACAAGGAAUUCGGGGACAGCUUGAGUUUGGAGAUUCUGCAGAUUGUUAAGGAAUCGCAACAGCAGCAUGGACUGCGGCAUGGUGACUUCCAGCGGUAUAGGGGCUACUGUUCCCGAAGACAGAGGCGUCUCCGGAAAACACUCAACUUCAAGAUGGGCAACAGACACAAGUUCACAGGGAAGAAGGUCACGGAAGAUCUCCUGACUGAUAACAGGUACCUGCUGCUGGUGCUCAUGGAUGCCGAGAGGGCCUGGAGCUAUGCCAUGCAGCUCAAGCAGGAAGCCAACACGGAGCCCCGGAAGCGCUUUCACCUGCUCUCUCGGCUGCGCAAAGCCGCCAAGCACGCCGAGGAGCUGGAGCGCUUGUGUGAGAGCAACCGCGUCGACGCCAAGACCAAACUGGAGGCCCAGGCUUACACGGCUUACCUCUUGGGCAUGCUGCGCUUUGAGCAUCAGGAGUGGAAGGCUGCCAUCGAGGCGUUCAACAAGUGCAAAACCAUCUAUGAGAAGCUGGCAAGCGCGUUCACAGAGGAGCAGGCCGUGCUGUACAACCAGCGUGUGGAGGAGAUCUCACCCAACAUCCGCUACUGUGCCUAUAACAUUGGGGACCAGUCCGCCAUGAAUGAACUGAUGCAGAUGAGGUUGAGGUCUGGCGGCACUGAGGGGCUAUUGGCUGAAAAAUUGGAGGCGUUGAUCACCCAGACCCGCGCCAAGCAGGCCGCCACGAUGAGUGAGGUGGAGUGGAGGGGAAGGACGGUGCCCGUCAAGAUUGACAAAGUGAGGAUCUUCCUGCUGGGCUUGGCCGAUAACGAAGCUGCCAUCGCCCAGGCCGAAAGCGAAGAAACCAAGGAGCGCCUGUUUGAGUCCAUGCUCAGCGAGUGUCGGGACGCUAUCCAGGCCAUCCGCGAGGAGCUGAAGCCAGACCAGAAACAGAGGGACUACACUCUGGACACAGAGUCGGGCAAGGUGUCUAAUCUUCAGUACCUGCACAGCUACCUGACCUACAUCAAACUGUCGACGGCCAUCAGGCGCAACGAGAACAUGGCCAAGGGGCUGCAGAGGGCCCUGCUGCAGCAGCAGCCAGAUGACGACAGCAAGCGCUCCCCACGGCCACAGGACCUGAUCCGGCUCUAUGACAUCAUCCUGCAGAAUCUGGUAGAAUUGCUCCAACUACCUGGCUUAGAAGAAGACAGAGCUUUCCAGAAGGAAAUAAGCCUCAAAACUUUGGUGUUCAAAGCUUACAGGUGUUUCUUCAUCGCUCAGUCGUAUGUGUUGGUAAAGAAAUGGAGUGAAGCUCUGGUCUUGUACGACCGAGUGCUGAAGUAUGCAGAGGAGGUUGGGGCUGACGCGGGAACCUUUAAGAACAGCCUGAAGGACCUGCCAGACAUGCGAGAGCUCAUCACGCAGGUGCGCUCCGAGAAGUGCUCCUUGCAGGCCGCAGCCAUCUUGGAUGCGAACGACAGCCAUCAGGCAGAGACCUCAUCCCAAGUGAAGGACAGCAAGCCUCUGGUUGAACGGUUUGAGACGUUUUGCCUGGACCCUUCCCUUGUCACCAAGCAAGCCAACCUUGUGCACUUCCCUCCGGGCUUCCAGCCCAUCCCCUGCAAGCCCUUGUUCUUCGACCUGGCCCUCAACCAUGUGGCUUUCCCCCCGCUGGAGGACAAGCUGGAGCCCAAGGCCAAGAGCGGCCUCACCGGCUACAUCAAGGGCAUCUUCGGGUUCAGGAGCUAACCAGGCGUGGCCUCGGGGCAGGGGAGAGUUGGGCUGCACAUCUGGCGUGGGAGGAGAUGGCGGCAGCCGCGUGGGGCCAGGCUCAAGUCCCACAGCCUCAGCACUGUGGAUGUGCCGUGUGUGCACCUGGGUCCCUCCCAUCAUGAAGGAAGGGCUCCCUGUCGGCUUCAGGUUGGUGUGUGUGCAGUCACUCUGUCUCCUGUAACUCCAGGGCUGGGGUCAUGGGGUGGCCACGGCUGCCUGGUGCCUGGUGCCUGGUGCCUGGUGAACUGUAACUGAUUCCCCAGGGGCCCCCUGAGGCAAAGACGGGGCCGUGGCACAUGUCGCCGUGUGUUUGAAAUGAACUCCUCCCCGCCAUGAGCAUCCCAGCCCCUCGCAGGGUCUGCCCGUGACAGCGAUGGCAGCAGUGUCGCCCCGGAAGUGUGGUCAGCCUUACUCCCCUUCUCUCCAAGUGAACGUUAAGUUUCAGAACAAGCAGAGAGCUCUAUUUUUAGAAGAAAUCUGUUAGUCUCCAGUGAUGAGCCCAAAUCUUCUAUUACAAAGUAAAGAUAAUGGAGACU